CCAGAUUUGUGUAGCACUGGAAAGAUAGACCAGAUUAAAAUACAAUUUUAUUUUAGUGUUUCAGUCAAUGCAGUGCAAUGUUGGAAAAAUGGUCUAGCAAUUGGGACAAGAAAGCAACCAAUGGGGCACUGAUGGAGGCUUUGUUAUAGACGGACAUGAAAACACAAGCAAACAAAAUAUUUGGAAAAGAACUCGUGAAAUAUGUGAAAUCCAACCAUUUGCAUUAGAGAUGCAAAUAUGUACAGUUUCUAGGGAGAGGUACACGAAACUGGUGCAGCAUCGCUUACUGGGAACUCAUGCAGAGAGUCAGAGGGAUGUGUAAUGCAACGAGCGAGUGUGUGGAUAUCUACGCAGAGUCAGCGCUUGUAAACGGCCUGUGUAUAGGACCGCUGACGAAUGACAAGCGAUUGGAUGCCGUCAAGAGAGUGAGAGAUCACAUCGGACGUGGCAUCCGGAUUUUGUGUGAAGAUAACGAAGUUUGGAUCUACAAUCAGAGUGACUACUCGAUCUGUGGUCAGAGCCCGACUCUGGACUAUAUGUCGAAGGGCCAACUACCUGCGGUGAAGAAAGUCCAACCCGUCUACUCGACUCGAGUCUUUGACUUCGAGAGAUGUCGAGAGAUGUUGAAUGCGAGAAGACACCACGGAGUGGAAACAUGCCUGACGAUCCGUUCUCAUUCAGAGUUAGCUUCACGAAAGGCUGGGGACCUAGCUACACGAGACAAUAUCCAAGCAGUUGCUUAUGCUGGAUUGAAGUAUUUCUCAAUGUCACACGGUAGCAGCACUUGCAUUGCCAACACCACUAAGGAUCUCUCCACCACCCCACCCUCGGGAUUCUAAUAAUCUAUGAUUUUUAUGCUGGACUAAGGAUAGUUAUUUUGUUAUGUAAGUGUAAAUAGUAGACAAUUGAUUGGUUGUAAAGAUACGUAGUGAAUUGAGAUGGAGGACAAGCAAGUCGAGUGAUACUUUUGUGCAGUGACGAGCGAGUACUGUAGUAGUUUUGCUGCUUGGUGGUGGUUUUGUGUAUGGGUUUGCCCAUAGUGUGGCAGUUAAGAAUGGAGUCAAUAGAAUUAA